AGGGAGCAUGAGUCUUCGCACGCCGAGGCGGCGGAUCUCGCCACGGGCCCGGCGGCGAUAUCGGGCUAUAAAGAACUUCUUUCGAAGGACUCUUAGUUCUCUAACUUCACUGUCUGGCAACAAAAUUAAUUCUAGCACAACAGAGAAUGUCAACAAUUUGAACAGGUCAGACAUGAUGGGCCAUCAACUACACGCAGUUCCCCACAACUGUCAUGGCCUCCAUAGCGUGGGGAAUAUUUACAGACACAGUGAGGAUCUAACCCCAAGAGAGGGAAAUGGCGCGAGCAGUCCAAAACAACGAAGACGGCGAUUUUCUGAACAAGAAUUCAUUCCCAACGGCCCCGGGACUAAAGUACUUUAUAAGCCAGCUGAUAAUCUUUGUAGAAAUUCUCAUGAAUGCGGUUUAACGUUUUAUAAUGACUAUAGCAAUAGGGAACAACAUUCAUCGGAUAGAAUUAAUUAUGGACAGUGCUCCUCAAGCCACGAUGUUCCCAAUCAGAAACUUAAAAAGAUUAAACGUCAAGAAAACUUUAAUAGACGUGGAUCGCGAUUACGAAAACGUGGCGCUCCCAUAAUUUUAGAGAACUCAAUAUCUGGCUUUGACAGCUACGACUCCCUGACCACACCUCUCCAGAAAAAUCCUUGUCCUACUUACAGAGAGCCAAUUCCCCAAAAUAGUGCGGGCUACAGCCGGCAGCAAGAAUACGCUCGAGACGUUCAACCGGAUGUGGUAAAGAUAAAAAGACGUAGAGACAAAUCUAAGCGACACAAAUCAAAGAGCCCGCACACGCAAGAAAGACGGAAAAGGAAGAAAAAUGAACCACUAGUUAACGAGGAACAGCAAUUUAUUGCAGACAUCAUUAAUCGGCAGUAUAAACCUUUAAGCUUUUUUGGCAGAAUAGCGUCUGAUAUCAGUCAGAUUUCUACACCCGUUUGUCGUGACCAUCGGUAUUCAGCACGUGAGAUGGUGAUACCGGACAGUGAAGUGUCCUCGUUCAGCCGAGGUCCUGCAGGGGGCGGUCGGCACGGUAGUGCAGCCGAUGUAAGGGAUAUGCGCAGCCUCUGUGACACGCGCCUCUGCUCCGCGCCCUGGCCUGCUCGCCAGCGUCGUCGCCGCGCCGAAAACUAUAAUGACUCUAACCUCUACGAUGUUGUCCCAGUCAAGGAAAAGACUAGCCCCAAAUCCAGAAGAAAAUUCAUAGAGGAUAAUCUGAUCAUGAACGAAGUGCCUCCAUCGCCUAGAACUCACAGGCCACGAUUGAUUCUAAAGACACAAAAUUAUAGCGAAUAUGAAGAUUACGAGCAACCCGAAAACCAGAUACGGAAGAGACGAUCACCCAGUAGGAGGCCUGAGUACGAAUACAUGCAAACUUUUAGACACGAUCUGUCAACAGAGGAGUCUCCUCGAACCACGAACGAAAUGAGUCGAAAAUUUGCGAGGCGUCCAAAUAAUACCGUCAGGUUACACGAUGAUAUGGGCACAACCAUGAGUAGUCAACAAUACAUUACGUCUCAGGAUAACACCGCAAAUAAUACUCUCAACAACAGUAAAACCCAUGAUAGAGACGAUACUGUCGUUGACGAUAAGACUGAUAAAGCGUUAUGUGAAAUAAAAGGUAUACUUCAAAGUUUUCUGCAAGAACUGAAAAAAGAUUCAUCGACAUCUCAAUGCGAUCGGGUGAGCGGAUCUGACAAGAAUAGUGGAAAACAGCUCGACGGGACACUGCGAGGAAGCGACAAUGAGACGAGUAACGCGAUGAAGAACAGCGCUGGAUCUUCGCUUAACUGCGGCCUCGGGCAAGGCUGUACUCCGGCCAUGGCCCCACCGUUCAUGCCCGGCUUUGCAAACCCAUGCUGCUACCCGCAGAUGAUACCAAUGUACGGAGCACACGGGAUUCCUUACCUCGUCGCCAGCCCUAGCUGCGUCUGCGCAAACGUUACCUGCGGACACAGCCACCCGCGACCACAAACAGACACCCGUGACGCUCAAUGCCGAACGUGUUCAAAAGUUAACUGCACUGAAGCAGAGGCAACGAAAUCAAAUUGCGAGACUGACGUGCUGAUCAGAGAAAUAUACAACUACGUGGCGCGAAAUCCGACCAUUUGUAAGGAGUCUAAGUCUUCCCAAGAUCAAGGGCAAAGUCCCAAACGGAAGCCGAGCGUGGGUAAGAGUAUGCACGCGCUGCAUCAGGACGCAAACGUCGGGACACCUCCGCUCCGAUGCUACUCGAAGAGCUGCGAGGCCAUCGCCUCGCGGCAGCACUUUGACACCUACUACGCCACGUAUCCCAGCUACUCCGACUCGCUGCUCGAAGAAAGGAUAAGUCGUGAAGCUGUCACGGAUUAUCAGAUGCCACGUGAAACCAAUGAAUAUAACUUUAAUGAUAAGAGGGCACCAAACCAUCUUCCUAAACAACACUCUCAAGAUAGCAAAUUCACCAGCGCAUUACGACUCUUGCGGAAAAGCAGCAAGAAGAACAGAAAAGAGAACAUCCAUGAAGUGUGUCUCAGUGAGCCGUCAAUUGAAGUCGACGUGAUGCCAAAGGGAAAUAAUUUUAAGCAGGAGUUCGCAUCGUAUGCGAUGCAUGGGCAGGAGUUUUUGCGGCCUCCGCCGCUUCGGCACGAUCCCCGCUUUCCCCCCACUUACGAUUACGAUUACUCCCCGUACAAUUCUCCGAUGACCGACUAUUCAGGCCCAAGGCCGCUUAACGAUAGAUACAACCGUUACGACUGUAUGCCUCCUGAAGGUCCAGUCAUGUAUGAUAACUCUUACGAACAGUGCAGUCAUGCAACGAAGCCGCAAGUACCUCUAUGUCUAAAAGAAGUCGAAGUCAGGAGUAUCGGAACCCAGAGUGAGAAAAAAACGACUUUCCGAAUGUUUUCCCAGAAAAAGCAAAGAAAGGAUGAUGCCGUGUCACCGCCGCCGCGCCCUCUAGUUAGCAUUUUACGCGACGACCGAAGAACCGAUACAAAAAUCCCAGAUAAAAAACCCGAGAAUCCACGCAAGCUAUUUAAUUUAAAGCCCAAGGCCGCAGCUAGUAAAUCAGAGCCUAUGGCAGCUCUAACUGAUAAGAUUCAAAAGGAUCUCACUAAGAAUGACAAAACUAUGACCAAUGCGAUGCUAAGAAAACUAUUUUACAAGAGAAACCCGUUCUCUCCUCAGAAUAGAUUCGUGCGAACGAUUAUGGAAAAGGACACUCCGACGUAUAAGUGGCGUCCGCGUUUGUUCCUGUGAUUGUCCUGUGUCCGACCUGUGAUGUGUAGUGUACAUUAAAAUGUAUUAAGUGAAAUUGUACUGUGUAAAGAUUAUUUGGUAACUGAAUUGAUUUGUAAGAUUAUUUAGGAUACCAGC